UCCCCCACCCCAGACUCGACCAAAUUAUUUUCAUCAAUCAUCAGGCUCUUCUUCUUUAUUCUCUUUCUUUCCGUUCGUGUUCUCGAUCUCCGAUCGGAAAGUUCCUUCUUUGACAGAUCUUUAGGGUGAAAAAUGUCCGGCCAAAGCCAGCGUCUUACUGUGGUUCCCACAGUCACAAUGCUUGGAGUCAUGAAGGCUCGCCUUGUUGGAGCUACGCGAGGGCAUGCUCUUCUCAAGAAGAAGAGUGAUGCUCUGACUGUACAGUUCCGUUCGAUCCUCAAGAAGAUCGUCACUGCCAAGGAAUCAAUGGGGGAGAUCAUGAAAUCUUCUUCCUUUGCACUAACAGAAGCCAAGUACGUUGCUGGUGACAACAUCAAACACGUUGUGCUUGAGAAUGUUCGAGAAGCUUCCCUGAAGGUUCGUUCUCGGCAAGAGAACGUCGCUGGUGUUAAGCUCCCCAAGUUUGAGUACACAAGUGAUGGCGAGGUCACUAAGAAUGAUCUCACUGGAUUGGCAAGAGGUGGCCAACAAGUUCAGCAAUGUCGUGCUGCUUAUAUUAAGGCAAUUGAAGUUCUUGUUGAGCUUGCUUCACUUCAGACAUCUUUCUUGACACUUGAUGAAGCUAUCAAGACGACAAACCGGAGAGUGAAUGCCCUUGAAAAUGUGGUUAAGCCCAGGUUGGAGAAUACUAUCAGUUAUAUUAAGGGAGAGUUGGAUGAGCUAGAAAGAGAGGAUUUCUUUAGGUUGAAGAAGAUUCAAGGGUAUAAGAAGAGAGAAAUAGAGAGGCAGAUGCUUUCGUCUAAGCAGUUUGCUGAGGAACAGGUUGCCGAGAAAAUUUCAUUGCAGCAAGGAAUUUCACUGAGUUCAGCCCACAACUUGUUGUCUGUUGGAAAUGAGAAAGAUGAGGAUAUCAUUUUCUAAAUACAUAGAGGCUGGUUUUAUUCGUUUGGGAUCUUUGUUCUAGGUUGCCUGCCUUCUCUCAGCAAUUUGUUGAUUCUGCUUUUUCUGGAUGGCGAGAGUUCGUUGCAAUCACUUGGGUGCCAGAGCUAUGUACCAUGAAUAAAGACGCUUAGUAUUUGUUCCAUCUAUUUAUGUAUUAUUUAUGAACAUUAUUUGAUCACUUUUGAAUUCAGAGGCUCCUAGACAAUCAUCAUAUUGAAAGUAUGGUUCUCUUCUCAUUUUAUGCAAGCUGAAGUAGCUGUUAAUAGCUGUAAUCUUGUUUCCAACAUUUGUUACAGGUUAGUAGAGCCAUCUACUGAAGCUGGAGUCUUAGCAGCCAUAUAAAUAAAAAUUUAAUUACCUUGUGCUGUUCAUAUAA